AUGGCCUCCCCUGGAUAUGAUGUCAGUACUUCCUGUGUGAUUCUCAUUCCCCAAGAGACCUCUGCCAGACAAAGGAAAUGGGUCUCUGCCCGGCUGAAGGAGAGGGCCCGAGCCAGAGCCACAUCCUGCUGGAGUUGGGUAUGGGGAGAGGAUCAGAGAGAGAGACAGAAAGAAGACCCCCAGCUAGACUUGGACACCUUUGCAGCCAUCAAAGCUGAUCCUGGCCAGGUGUUCUGGUCGGCUCAGGCGCCCACAGACUGUGCUGCUCCUGCACCGCCAACUGCUGAUGAUGACACUAUGUUUCUUGGUGUUGUCCCUUCCCCUGAUGCUGACCUCACUAGCAUGGCAUCACCUCAGAGCCACGACGCUGGCAAUUGUUCUAACCUCAUGGAGGAGACCAAGACUUUCUCAUCAACUGAGAGUCUGCGACAACUUUCUCAACAGCUCAAUGGGCUUGUGUCUGAGACUACAUCCUACAUCAAUGGGGAGGGCCUCGUGUCUUCCAACACAAAGGCCUGGACCAUGGAAUACAUGAGACCCUGCCUCAAGAUGCCAUGGCAGCAGGGGGAGAGAGGCACAUUCCCGGGACAGCGAGAAGAGGGCCAGGCCAUGCAGCCAGUGUCCUGUAGCGAGGAGGAGGUGGAGCCUCCAAGCCGGGUCACCUAG